UCAUCCGCUCGCCUCCCCAUUGACGUCAGUCCGGUAUCACAUGAACGAGCAGGGACCAAUCGGCACGGCGCUGCCGGAGAGUGCUGGCUCCUUUACACCAAGAUAGGGGGAAAAGACUGAAUAAAAGGAAACCGUGCCAGUGAGCCUGUAAUGACCACAAAACCCUUCGGAGGAGCCUAGCGCCGCCGCCAUUGGAUAUUUUCCGCCGUUUUCUCGUUAUUCCCAUGCGCCCCUCGCCGUGGAUUACUGUGUUUGGCACCGGGGCGGACGGAAUGGAUAAGGCCAUGGCCCUAACAUAUUGAAUAGCUCGUUGGUGGUGGGGGGGUGGAGGCGAGACGCGCACCGUGGAGACAAUUUAUGGGGCAUUGUGCGGAGAGGAAAAUGGUGGAUUAUUUGCACUGUAUCACGAUAACCUUCCUCCGUGUGGAUAUCCUGCCGUGAGACACUGAUCGUGGCAUUUCUGCGCCUGUCUCGGCCGUGUCUACAGUCACUCAGGUCGUGUUAAAGCGGUGGGUAGGUAGGUACCCCCCCUCCAGCUCGAUCCGAACGACCUUAUUUUAAAAAAUUUACAUGUAGGAUUCUUUGACGCCCUCCCUUCUCCGAGAGUCACAUUUGGAAACAAUAAACUGUUGGAUUACUGAACUAUGGAUUUCACCAGCGGCAGCGGCGGCGGCGGAGCCAACGAGCUGCACAACAACCAGUUUUAUCAGUGCGAGGAGAACAAGCCUCUGCUGGGGGAGAUGUCGGAGGGGAAUAAUAACACCAAGCUGAGCGCAGGGCCGUGCAAGAGGUCCCUGCACCACUGCAGUAGCAGCGGGAUGCGAUACAAGCUGCUGCACGAGGGGGACAUCCAGGUAUGCGUGGUCAAACACCCCCGCACCUUCCUCAGCAAGAUCCUCACCUCCAAGUUCCUGCGGAGAUGGGAGCCGCACCACCUCACGCUCACAGACAGCAGCCUGACCUCGGCCACCCCCACCGGUUACAUGGAAACAUCAUUGUCCUACAGCUCUAUAGAGGACCUGCAGCUCCUUUCAUGGGACAAUGCUCCAAAGUACUGUGUCCAGCUCAGCUUCCCUGGUGGCACCGUCCUGCUGCAGGCUGCAAACAGCUACUUAAGGGACCAGUGGUUUCACUCCCUGCAGUGGAAGAAAAAGAUUUACAAGUACCGUAAGGUCCUGAACAACCCGAGUCGCUGGGACGUGGUGCUGAAGGAGAUCAGGGCGCUCGUGGACAUGGCUCUGACCUCACCGCUGCAGGACGAGUCCAUCCACCAGGCUCCUCUGCACAUCAUCUCCACCCUGCUGGCUGAGAACUCUAAUCUCAGCACUCAGGAUCAUGAGAACAUUAUUGUGGCCAUCGCUCCUCUUCUGGAAAACAACCACCCACCACCUGACCUGUGUGAGUUCUUCUGUAAGCACUGUCGGGAGCGGCCGCGGUCGAUGGUCGUGAUUGAAGUGUUCACUCCUGUGGUCCAGAGAAUCCUCAAACAUAACAUGGAUUUUGGAAAGUGCCCUCGACUGCGUCUCUUUACUCAGGAGUACAUCCUGGCUCUCAACGAGCUGAAUGCAGGGAUGGAAGUUGUCAAGAAGUUCGUCCACAGCAUGCACGGGCCAACGGGGCAGUGCCCUCACCCACGUGUCCUGCCAAACCUGGUGGCAGUGUGUCUCGCCGCCAUCUAUUCCUGUUAUGAGGAGUUCAUCAACAGUCGGGACAACUCCCCGAGCCUGAAGGAGAUCCGAAACGGCUGCCAGCAGCAGAACGAGCGCAAACCCCCGAUGCCGCUCCGCCUGCUGCGCCCCGAGCCUCCUACGCCACCUCCUACCACCCUCUUACCCCUGUCCUCCAACCCCAGUCCUCCUCAGCCUCCUCCGCCUGCCCCUUCAAACCCCGUCCCGUCCAUCCCCAUCUCCUCCCCGACGCCCUCCCUGCCCCUCUCCCCUCCACCCUCCGUCGUCAACUCCAGCGAGAUCCUGGUGGAGCUGGAGCGAAACAACAACUCGGCCAACGCCAGGCGGAAGGGCGGGCCGUCCGGGGGCGACAGUGAACCCAACCUCAUCGACUGUCUGCUGGUCAGCCCGGCCGUCAACACUCUGUCCAUCCAGCUGCCAGCGCAGGCGGACCGAGUGCUGGGCUGCUUCGCUCUCAUCCUCAAGAUGCUGUCGGACUACGAUGACUGGAGACCUGCUCUCGCCAGCCUGCUGCAGCCCAUCCCCUUCCCUAAAGAGGCCCUUGCACAUGCCAAAUUCACAAAGGAACUGAAAUAUGUUAUUCAGAGAUUUGCGGAGGAUCCGAGGCAGGAGGUCCAUUCCUGCCUGCUCAGCGUGCGUUCAGGUAAAGACGGCUGGUUCCAGCUCUACAGUCCAGGAGGUGUGGCCUGUGAUGACGAUGGCGAGCUGUUUGCCAGUAUGGUUCAUAUCUUGAUGGGCUCCUGCUAUAAGACCAAGAAGUUCCUGCUCUCGCUGGCUGAAAACAAGCUGGGUCCCUGCAUGCUGCUGGCCUUACGUGGAAACCAGACCAUGGUGGAGAUCCUGUGUCUGAUGCUGGAGUACAACAUCAUCGAGAACAAAGACACCCAGCUGCAGAUCAUCUCCACUCUGGAGAGCACCCAGGUGGGCCUGCGCAUGUACGAGCAACUCUGCGACCGACAGAGAGAACUCAAAGAACUGCAAAGGAAAGGAGGCCCCACCCGGCUGACUCUGCCCUCAAAGUCCACGGAUGCAGACCUGGCCCGCCUGUUGAGUUCAGGUUCCUUUGGGAACCUGGAGAACUUGAGCCUGGCCUUCACAAACGUCACCAGUGCCUGUGCCGAGCAGCUCAUCAAGCUGCCUUCACUAAAACAGCUCAACCUCUGGUCCACACAGUUUGGGGAUGCAGGGUUAAGGUUGUUAUCUGAGCAUCUGGCCUGCCUUCAGGUUCUGAACCUGUGUGAGACUCCCGUCACUGAUGCUGGUCUGCUGGCUCUCAGCUCCAUGAAGAGUCUGUGCAGUCUGAAUAUGAACAGCACCAAGCUCACAGCCGACACAUACGAGGACCUCAAGGCCAAACUGCCCAACCUGAAAGAUGUCGAUGUUCGGUACACGGAGGCCUGGUGAUCCACCUCACGCUCACAUGACCCUCAUACACACCCAGACACACACAUAAAACAUGCACACACUGCACACAGGCUCAGACACAUGACACGAAAAUUGUGUAGUGAUGUCAUCUCCAUCGUCGCCCAUCAUUAGACCAGGAACUAUGACCCGGAGCGUACGGACUCCUGUAGUGACGCCAUCACCAGGAGGGAACUGUCCAGUCACUUGUUUUCUAAACGAGAAAUCUUUAUGGACCUCGCCGCUCCCCGUACUUCUGUCAACUGAUGUUUCAAGGACCUUGUGAUCAGAGGACAUGCAAGGAGCCGCUAUAUCGUGACAUAAGGACACUUAUCUCUCUCUGUCUUUAUCUUUUGGCCCGUCUUUCAUAUGCGGUUUUUCAUAUUCAGUCCAGCUGUCCAGCCGUUGCCCCUCCCACCUCCGUGUGUCCGUGUCGCGAGGAAAACCUGAGCCUUCCUCUCUUUUUCUCUCUCUCGAUUCAGCAGCUCACAUUCCAGUUCCUCUCCGAUCGGAUCCACGAUGUAGCUCUCCAAACAGACAACUUGUUAAUCACUUUCGGCCCUCGCUCUUUGGCUUCAGUUUUCCGGAUCUUUUGAGUCUUUCAUUUGGGAAAAUGAGGUGCUACCUCAGAGAAAAGAAGAGUUGCAAGACUGUGCCUAUUCCUCCAACACGACACACAGGAAAAAAAAAAAAAAAGGUUUUUAUCAACUUGAAUGAACAUAUUUUUCCAGACAUCUGUGCUUUCAUAUAUUGUGUGUUUCUAUAUAUAUGAAGAAAACCCCCGGUGAUGACAUUUCAGACACAUUUCGGGAACUCUGCAGGAAACGGUGAUGGCAACGUUUGUUCCUUUUUUUUGUUUUCAGUGUACAUACUGAUGAUCUCCCAUUACUAUUUAAUAGGACAGUUGUGUAGCAGUAGCUGGGUGGUCUGGGACUGCCUGAUAUUUAUAAUUUGUGUCUUUAAAAGCCUCCUUUACUCUGUCUCUCCUUGAUUUUUGUCCUCACAAUAAUGAAGUACAGGCGCCCUGUUGUCUUCUUUUUUUUCUUUUUUUUUUUUUGCAACAUUUAAAACAAGAAGCCAACAAAGCGGGCACAUGGAUCUCUCUGUCCCCCGAUGCCAUGGUGGUAACCUGUAAAGUGGACCUGUAAACAAGCCCCAUCACCAGCUGAGAGUUGUAUAUUUUCAUAUCCUCUGCUAUUUUUUUGGCUCUUUUUGAGACGAAGAGAAGAACUUGCCAAACAUCGUCAUCGAGUUUAGUUUUGUGCACUUGUUUCUUCAGGCCAACACGAGUGUGGUUUGAUUUGUGUAUCAAGUGGAAUUAUAAACCGCCUGUGGAGAGACGCUGUUUGGGUCUCUGACCCUCCCUGCUGACGGCAGGGCGAAGAGUCGCAGUGCCUCUAGUGUUGUGGAUGCGUUGCCUAUUGUUAUCUUUCUGUCACACCACCUGUUUUGAAUUGUUCUGCUGUAUUUAUAUCUACGCCAUAAUACAUGGGUGACAUUUUUAGGCUGUUGGGAUGAAUAAUUCUCAUCAAAGGAUGGGACAGAAAUUAUUGUACAUAUUCUUUCGAUGUGGUCUAUAAGGGACAAAAGAUUGGGGGGAGAGAAAAAAAAAAAGCACCUUUCGGCCAUAUUUGCCUGUCUACAUUCCCUCAAAAUGUUGCCUGUUUAUUGUGGCAACAUUUCAUAUGAUGUGGUAACUGCCCUGGCACACUUUGUCAGAGUCUCUUUUUUUCCUCACUGUCUGGAUGUCGUUGAUUUCUCUUUUUUUAACCUUAGAAAUACGCAGAUUUUUUUUUUCCCAGUCGCUCUGCCUGCAUCCAUCCAUUUUAUUUAUUCGUGUCGACCUCAGAACGCUCGGGGUGUUUGUCGAGGCAGAAAAACUGCAGCAGAGGACAGGAUGCCGUCCGCUAUGACAUGCUUUGUUUCCUAUUUAUUGGGUGCCAUGACAGUUCUGUUUGGCCUGUAGACGGCCAUCUUUGGGGUCCGUCUUUGGGACCUCGUGCUCUCUUUCAUAUCCUGUAUGAUGUAUAUACGAGUGUAUAUAGUCGUCUCCUCCUUUCCUCUCUUUGAACCAUUUUUGAAUCCUCCUCCCUUUCGUUUUGUCUCCUUCAUCCUUUUCUGUGUUUCUCUCGGCCUCCCUUCAUCGGCAGGCUGGUGUUGCCUUCAUCUUAUGUGUGUGGUUGUUUUUUUUUCACACAAAGUGCACUGUAAUCUAACAAAUUAUGUUUUCAUAUUAUCUUUUAAGUUUCUUUGAUUUGAUCACUUUAAUCAAACUUUUUUUUUCUGUGUUUAAUUUUUUUUUUUUGCAUGUACAUGUCGCUGCGUCAUCUGGUAUUUUUAUUUUGUAAUUUUUUGUUUUAUAAAAGGUUUGAAAUAUGAUAAAGGGUCUGAUCACUAUCUCACAGAGGUUAGGGGCUGAAAUGGAGAGAUCCCAUCGAAUUGUUCCCUCAUUGGUUGUUGCCAGGAUCUACCCAGUCUUGACAGAUCCUAUUGGUCGAGGCAGUUAGGGUUUGAUAGGGAUUGAUUUUCUAAAAAGCCAAUGCCAGUACUGGUGCUGUUGGACUGAAGCUGCCCCUAGACCGGAUUUGAUCAUUUAAGUUUGUCAAUUUUUAUUUAAAAAAAAAAAAAAAAAAAAGUUUCUUGUUUCCCUAAGAAUUACUGUCCGAAUCCUGCCAGAUAAUCAUAUCAGAGGUGGACCACACUGGCUGGCCAACCGAUAUCAUUUUUUAAAAUACAGUUGUUUUUUCUUCUGCACAUUAGCAAACUGAUGAUUCAGUGUACCUUUACUGUAGUUUUGUUUUAUCGCAAUGUUUUUCUACAUCUGAAUGUUUCAAAGGAAUAAUUUGAAUUUUGGGGAAACGGACUUCACUGCUUUCUUGACCAAAGUUACAUGAGAAGGUUGAUAAUGUCAUGUCUGUGCAUUUAAUAUGAAACUACAGUCAGCAUCCAUUUCGUUUGGUGUAGUUUCGCCAAGUUCAGUACAAAGACCGAAAACAGCAACGCUAUCAGCAUCUCUAAAGCCUCAUUCUCACUGAACAAAAAACCCUCUUAAAUCUGGCUUUUUAAAUGCAAUGGGAAAGUGUACAAUCAGCAUUCAUAUGCGGGUCAAAAGACUGCAGUAGUCACAGGUAUUUAUCGCCUCCGGCUCCGAUCGGCAUCGAUGUGAACACAGCACCCGUGUGAACGCACUAAUUUCAGCUUCUUGCACCGCCGUUAGGAGUACACAGACAUCUGUCCACGUCGCUUUCUAAUGUUUAGCUGUUCUCUGGCCUGUCCAUGACAUUGAGCAAUGUACACACACACACACACACACACACACACACUAAAAGACAUACUCGUCUGUUGCAGAUCCGUGUACACAGCUCUGCUCUACUUGCAAUGGGAAAGCGGGUUUUAAGCGGGGUUUACCUGUGUUUAAAAAUCCUGCGUGCACGCACCAAUUUUGGUGGAAAAUGGGGAUAAAACUACCGUAUUACUGUAUAGCUUACUUAUCUUAUGGUUUAAUAAGCGACAAAGUGGAACAAGUCUUUGCUGGUUGCCUGGCAACCUGCACAAAGUUCAUGCAUCCACCCAAGGCCCCCAAGUAAACUUAGAUUUUUAGUUUCAUGCAGGCCCCCAGGGUGUGCUUUGAAGAUAUUUUCGCAGUGGCCAAACAGCCCAAAAGACAUUUUACCGUUGACUGACAUGCCGAAAGAGACGUUUGUCACAUUUUCUUGAGCAUCACAACUGCCACUACAUGGCUCGUUUCUCAAUCAUGAUUGAUCCAUUCAGUGCCAUAACAUUUCAACAGUCGAGAGUAGCAUGAUUAAAUAAUUUUAUCCCCAUCUAAGUUAGCGAAGCACCAAACCAGAAGUUAGCGGUCUGUCUACGCCAUAAGUCUGUUGUUCAUAAAAUGUAAGUGGUGCCUAUAAUCGCCAGAUCAUCUGGGUAAUUUUAUACAUUGAAGUUGGGCUUUGUGCGCCACUGAGCAACUCUCAUAGGAUUGCACUUUCAAUGCUGUAUCCACUUCUCUUUAUACAUCAGUAUAGCCAAGUUAUAUUCCGGCACACAAACCCCCUAAAACCACAAUGUGUCCUUUGUUUACAGUUUGUUCAUGAGCUUUAACGGUGCUGGUAGGAAGACGGGAUCACCUUCUGACAAAGCGAGGCUAACUGUUUCGAGUCUUUAUGCUAAGCUAACUCGAUGCUAGCUUCAUACGUGCAGACACGAGAACGGCAUCGAUCUUCUCAUCGAACUCUGCAUGAAAGCGAACUCUCCUUUUUUAAAAUCCUGCCAUUGAACUCAGUUUUUAGGCCAUGGUGAGCUGCCACAUGUCCAGCCUGUGAGCCUGGGGGCAGCACGUCGAGGUUAUAACGGAAGAUUUUAUUACUGUAGACGAUGUAAUGGUUGAAUAGAGACGCGUCUUCUGUUCUGUCAUGUCUCCGUAUCCUGUGGAGCUCACUGUGCUUUGCUUUCCAUCCUGACUCCCCCUCUCUCAUCUGUUUUCUCUCUGCUGUUUUUUUAUUCUUCACAGACUGUAAAGAGUUUCUACCAUGUCCAACGUGUACAGCUGUGCUCCAGUCUUAACAGUUGUUAUGGAAGGAACAGGGUCAGAUGCGGCAAAUCUGACAGACUGAAAAAAAAACCCAACAACUCUCUUUCCCAUAAUUCCUUGUAGUAAAAAUAUUUUUUGGCAGCUGGAAAAGGGGCGCCCAUGAUGUUUCUCUCUCUUUUUCAGUCUUUUUCCGCAUUGAUCUGCUUCUCCUGCUGGGUUAUUAUUAUUAUUAUUAUAAUUAUUAUUAUUAUUAUUAUUAUUAUUGCUGCUGCUGCUCUGUGGCUGUUGUAAUAAAAAUACAAAAGAUCUUCAACAGGAAAAAUAACAACUAUGAUGUGAAAUAAUUUCAAUCAGAAAUAAAUUGUCUGUGAAUAUGUUUCA